ACUCCAUCGAAAAUCUCCACUUCUUCUUCUUCGCCAAAAAAACAUGUCAAAGGAAAAUCACAGUCUCCUCCUACUUGUACUUGUCUGCAUCUCACACAUCUUCUCCAUUGCAGCCGCCAAUGCAACAGCGCCGAAAAGGGCGGAGAACUUCGUAAAAGCCACCUGCAGAACCACGACUUACCCUACCGAAUGCGUCCGUUCACUCUCCCUCUACGCAGACGCCAUCCAAGCAAGCCCUCAACGCCUGGCCCACACCGCCUUAGCCGUCAGCCUUAACCGGGCAUUAUCUACCAAGAUCUUCGUCUCCCGGUUCACCCGGUUCAAGGGCCUGACCAAACGUGAGUACCGAGCAAUCGAGGACUGUGUCGAGGAGAUCAGCGAUACCGUUGACCGUUUGACCAAGUCGGUCAAAGAGUUCAAGAUGUGUAGUCGUGGAGAUGGGAAUGGGUUUUGGUACCAUAUGAGUAACGUUCAGACAUGGAUGAGUGCUGCUUUGACCGACGAGAACACGUGCUCCGACGGGUUCGCGGGUCGGAUCAUGGACGGCCGGGUCAAGAACUCGGUCCGGGCUCGGAUAGUCAACAUGAGUCAAGAAACUAGCAAUGCCUUGGCUUUGAUUAAUUACUUUGCUUCCAAGAAGCAAUAAGCCUAUGAAAUUAUCAUGAUGGUGUGUGUAUAUAUAUAUAUAUAUAUAUGCUUCUGUUCUGUAUGCAGCUAUAUAUAUGUAUGUGUGUAUGUUUGUACGUGUGUAUGCCUGCAUGGUUUGCCACGGUUUUGAUGUGAAAUAUAUAUUUGACCCUUUUGUGGGGGGUGUUUGAA